AUGAAGACCUUCAUGAGCACCAACAUUGUCUCCUACGAAAACGGCAACAGUAACAUCGAGACGGGCGGAUUGAAGACCUACCUCGCCAUCACAUUGCCCUUGACAGCACUCACGUUUCUGGCUUGGUAUGUCAUCUACAGGUACGCUAGGGAGACGGGCUUCUCGCGCAGCCGAGAUAGGCAUGAGGGUGAGAAUGGUCAGCAGUUUGUGUGA